ACCAUGCCCAGAUGACGUGUAAAUCUGUCAUUGGCCGACACACGUAGCUCGCCCACAGCCCAAAACCCUGUAAAGGCCCGCUUUGUCUUCUAUGCCUCGAGAGGUUUCUGAAUUGAUUCGUAGAACAAAUCUCAGAGAGAGAGAGAGAGAGAGAGAGAGAGUGAGAAUGAGAAUGAGAGGUAAUCAAUUUCGAGCUGUGUCAAUCAUCUUCUUAAUUUGCUUCGUCUUCAGUGUCUGUGAUGCACUGUACGGACCAUCAUCGCCAGUUCUUCAGCUAACUCCUUCCAACUUCAAGUCCAAGGUUCUGGACUCGAACAGAGUUGUUCUGGUUGAAUUCUUUGCACCAUGGUGCGGACAUUGUCAAGCUCUAACUCCUAUAUGGGAGAAGGCGGCUACUGUCUUGAAGGGUGUGGCUACCGUGGCAGCUCUUGACGCUGAUGCGCACAAGUCCCUUGCUCAGGAAUAUGGGAUUAGAGGAUUUCCAACAAUAAAGGUGUUUGUACCUGGGAAACCUCCAGUUGACUAUCAGGGAGCAAGGGAUGUGAAACCCGUUGCAGAAUUUGCACUCCAACAGAUAAAGGUGUUGUUGAAGGACCGUUUAAGUGGAAAAGCAACAGGAGGACCAAGUGAAAAAUCUGAACCUAAUGCUUCAGUAGAAUUAAAUUCCCAGAAUUUUGAUGAAUUGGUGGUUAAAAGUAAAGAACUCUGGAUUGUGGAGUUCUUUGCACCUUGGUGUGGCCACUGCAAAAAAUUGGCACCUGAGUGGAAGAAGGCCGCUAAAAACUUGCAGGGGAAGGUGAAGUUGGGACACGUUGACUGUGAUGUAGAGAAGUCUCUGAUGAGCAGGUUCAAUGUUCAAGGAUUCCCAACCAUAUUGAUAUUUGGAGCUGACAAAGAUACCCCACUCCCCUAUGAGGGUGCAAGGACUGCUAAAGCCAUUGAAUCAUUUGCUCUUGAACAAUUGGAAACAAAUGUUGCACCUGCUGAAGUGACUGAGUUAACUGGCCCUGAUGUCAUGGAAGAGAAAUGUGGUUCUGCUGCCAUCUGUUUUGUUGCUUUCCUACCUGAUAUCUUGGAUUCCAAGGCAGAAGGGAGGAACAAAUACAUUCAGCAGUUAUUAUCCGUUGCAGAGAAGUUCAAAAGGAGUCCCUAUAGCUAUGUCUGGGCAGCCGCUGGUAAGCAGCCAGACCUCGAGAAUCGUGUAGGUGUUGGUGGUUAUGGAUAUCCAGCAUUGGUGGCCUUAAAUGUGAAAAAAGGUGCUUAUGCACCACUUAAGAGUGCAUUUGAGCUUGAUCAGAUUAUAGAAUUUGUUAAGGAAGCCGGACGUGGAGGAAAGGGAAACUUGCCUUUGGACGGCACCCCCAACAUUUCAAAGAUUGAACCCUGGGAUGGUAAAGAUGGACAGAUCAUUGAAGAGGAUGAGUUCUCCCUCGAAGAACUUAUGGGCGGAGGAGAUGAAACUACGAGCAAAGAUGAGUUGUGAUAAAUUAAAAGCAAUUAUAGUAGAGAGAAAAGAUCUGUAUCAGGCUAAGAUUGAUUUUGGAGGACGCUACGAGUUAAGUGUUGCUAGUCAUUCUAGUGUUUCUGUAUUUAAAUGACGUUGUCAACAGUGCUCAAGAGCUUUCUUAUGAGGAAGGCCUUUAUUUUGUUCUCUUCUUAGCCAACUUAUCAAUAUAGUGCAAGUGUGAUGCCCUUUAAAGGGUUCAUUGUUGAGGAACGUCAAAUUCAUAGCAGCAAGGAAAUGACCGCUUUGGUUUGUCGGA